AUGCGCGGCUUCCUUGCAGAUGACACGCACCUUCCUCGCUGGCCAGCGUUGGAUCGAUGGAAAGACGCAAGGUACCUCCUCGAACGGGUUGCGGGGGAGGGGCGAGUGGUGCCCGUUGAAGUUGGCAAGAGCUAUGACGAGGAGGCGUGGGGACAGCGGAUCGUGCCGUUUGACAAGUUUCUCGCGGCCACUGGGUGGCAUGUCCCCGCUACGACCACUAUUAGGGGGAAUGACGAGGACGGAGAACAGGAACAGGGCGGAGUGGACGUCGAGGACAGUCUCGUCGACGCACCGCUCUACCUUGCCCAGCACGCCCUCUUCACCCAGUUCCCCUCGCUAGAGCGCGACAUUGCGCUGCCCGACUACGUGUGGUCCGAGCCACCAACACCGCCACACGCACCGCAGUACACUCCACCACCGGACGUUCUUACAAACGUGUGGAUCGGACCUGGGCGCCACGUCGUUAGCCCUGCACAUACCGACCCAUAUUUCAACUGCUAUGCCCAAGUGCUCGGCUCGAAACGGGUCUGGCUAGCGCCGCCGAGUGCCGGGCCGCACAUGUACGCGUACGGCAAAGACGACGAGCGAGGCGACGAAGCUUCCGAGGAAGAGCCAGCGGCAUCCACACUGGCGAGCGAGUACAUGGGCAACACGUCCACAGUGCCCAUUCUACGCGAUGGCCCACUGGAGCCACUCAGGAAGCGUUUCCCGGCCUUCUUCGAGCACGUCUAUCCCGACGCUCUCGAGGCCGUGCUGCACUCGGGUGACAUGCUCGUCAUGCCACCUGGAUGGUGGCACGCCAUGCGGGGCGAGGGUGGCAACGUUUGCUGGAGUGUUUCGUUUUGGUACUGA